AUGAACAAUAUCUCACAGCUCCAGACUCGCCGUCGGACCUCCAGUGCUUGCGCAAAGGCGACCAUGAGUAGCUCGUCCGCCGACCUCGAAGGUGAAGAAGAGCUCAAGUUGAAAGCCUUAGCGAGAGGGCGCUGCUAUCCAGAAGAGGAGCAGCUAGCUCACUGUGAGCUGUCGGACAGUCAGACGCGCAGAGGGGCGAGACAGGCCCAGCCGGCAACGCAACACAACAAAGUCGCACAAAGGCAGCGCUUUGUGCAGCUGCAGACGAUCACUGAUACGUCUACCGCUGCUUUGAUACCCUUUCUCGACGAGAUUGUGCUGGCCUUGUCGUCACAGAGCCGUGUUGCUUGCCAUACACGACUCCGCUUCGUGACCGCAUCACCGCCGAACCGCAAGGCGUCCCAUCAAUCUUCAUCGGAUCAUCUGAGCGAGAUGGCAACGCAACAUAUCGUUUCCUCCUCGUCGGUACCCAACUCUCAUUCGGUUCAGGGCUCCUCAAGUGCCAACAAUGUCGUCGGCGUGCAUUUCCGCAUCGGCAAGAAGAUCGGAGAAGGCAGCUUCGGCGUCAUCUUUGAAGGGACAAACUUGCUUAAUUCUCAGACGGUCGCUAUCAAAUUCGAACCGCGCAAGAGUGAUGCGCCGCAAUUACGCGAUGAGUAUCGGUCUUACAAGAUUCUUGCCGGAUCUCUCGGCGUACCCCAGGUCUACUACUUUGGUCAGGAAGGCUUGCACAACAUCUUGGUCAUGGAUCUGCUCGGUCCGUCCCUGGAAGACCUGUUCGACAUGUGCGGGCGCAAGUUCAGCAUCAAGACUGUCGUCAUGACGGCCAAGCAGAUGCUGUCACGAGUGCAGACUGUGCACGAGAAGAAUCUGAUCUAUCGCGACAUCAAGCCUGACAAUUUCUUGAUCGGUCGACCGGGCACAAAGCACGCUCAUGUCGUCCAUGUCGUCGACUUUGGCAUGGCGAAGCAGUACCGAGACCCGAAAACAAAACAGCACAUUCCUUAUCGAGAACGAAAAUCACUGUCCGGCACGGCGCGUUACAUGAGCAUCAAUACCCAUCUCGGCAGAGAACAAUCGAGAAGAGACGAUCUCGAAGCGCUCGGUCAUGUCUUCAUGUACUUUCUCAGGGGCGGCCUGCCUUGGCAAGGCCUCAAGGCGGCCACUAACAAGCAAAAGUACGAAAAGAUCGGAGAGAAGAAGCAAAGUACGCCCAUCAAAGAGCUCUGCGAGACCUUCCCAGAGGAGUUCAGCAUCUAUCUGAACUACGUGCGCAAACUCGGGUUCGAAGAGACGCCAGAUUACGACUUCCUGCGAGAGCUGUUCACGAAGGCCUUGAGGAACACGGGCGAAGCAGAAGACGGCAUCUAUGACUGGAUGCUGCUCAACAAUGGCAAAGGCUGGGAAGCAGGCUCGUCGGCUUCGAACCUUCUCGCGCAAGCCAACGGCCAACAGACUUCACGCGACCGUCACCGCUCGUCUGGCCUACCCCGAGACCAACGCGAGCGAGAACGCGCGGACAGGCAAGCAUUGAGAGCAUCUCAGACUGCGCUCGCUGGUGAUUCGGGCAUCAUCUCACCCUCGCCUGCACUCGUUCGCAAUGGCUCGAGAGGCAGGGGACAACCUGGCGGUACCGUCACGCCUACUCAUCCCAGCUUGGUCAACAGGCGAUCUCACAACCAAGCUCAUCCUUAUGCGCUUGGCACAGCUGGCGCUACGACCGAUCAAAGCUUGGGAGAUCCGCAUCAGCAUGCCCAAGGAGGCAGGACGGGUGGCUUCGAUAACGGCCAAGGCAACGCUGAUUACGGCGAUGACACCGAACAGAAAGGACUGGGAGCGAAGAUCCUUUCCGUCUUGACCUGUCGAUGCGCAUAGGCAUUCCUCUCGCUCGAACUCGUUGCAUCGCAUCACCGCAAAAAGCUUGGGAGCAAGAGCAGUAUCACGCCCUUAGGAAUACCUCAUUCCCUCCAACGCAGACGGUCUAAUUCGCUUCGACCCUAAUGCAAAGACCCAUCGACAUUUGUACAACAGCAUCUCAGUAGACCCCUUUUCAAGAUCAAAGACCAAAGCAAAGACGGGCCUCUCUAGACACGAGUCGGGCUCAGACUCAAGCAAC